AUGCUUGAAAAGUUAGUCAUCCGGAAUUAUGCCAUUAUAGAUGACCUGGUGCUAUCGCCGGAUCAUCACCUCAAUACCGUAACCGGUGAAACCGGCGCCGGUAAAAGUAUUAUCCUUGGUGCCUUGUCGCUCAUCCUGGGCGAUCGGGCUGAUACCUCGGUAUUGAUCAAUAAAGAAGAAAAAUGUAUUGUUGAAGCACACUUUGACGUAUCGAAGCAUAAAAACUUCCGCCAGGUGCUGCGGGAACAUGAGCUCGAUGAGGAAACACAUUGCAUUAUCCGGCGCGAGAUCAGUGCCAGUGGUAAGAGCCGUGCCUUUAUUAAUGAUACGCCUGUAAACCUGGCCACGCUGAACAAGUUUACCGCCCUGCUCGUAGACCUGCAUCAGCAGUUUGAUCACCUGGCUUUGCAGGAUGAUCUGUUCCAGCUGAAUGUAUUGGAUGCCGUGGCCCGGAGCGGUCAGACCUUGGCUGAUUAUAGAGGAUUGUAUCAGCAAUACAGGAGCAUACAUAGCCAGCUUGCCGAAUUGUCGGCCCAGCAAAUGCAGUGGCAAAAAGAAGCGGAUUAUAAACAAUUCCUGUUGGAUGAACUCCUGACUGCAGCAUUUAAGGAAAAUGAAGUAGAGGACGCCGAUCAGCAAUUAAAAUCCCUGACCCAUUCCGAGCGUAUUAUUUCCGUGCUGCAAGGCACCAGAUUGUUCCUGGAAAACGGAGAGCAGCCGGUAGUCAACGAACUUAAAAAACUGGCGCAGCAAUUGCAGGGAUUAAGCGAACUUUUACCCGCAUCGGUUCCGGUACAGCAGCGAAUGUCGUCUGUACACGAAGAGCUGAAAGAUAUAGUAGCCGAGCUGGAAGACCUGGAAGAACGCAUCACACUCGAUCCUGCAUUGAUGCAGGAAUUACAGGAGCGGGUAGACCUGGGUUAUAAGCUAUUUAAAAAACACGGCGUGACGGAUACCCAAGGGCUCCUCGAUUUGCAGGCCCAGCUGGAAACAGAUCUGCAGGCAUCGCUGAACCUGAAUGACCGAAUCACUCAACUGGAAAAAGAGCAGGCAACGCUGCUGGCAGCAGUUCAUAAAAAAGGAACCGAGUUGUCUGAGCUGCGCCAAAAAGCAGCGCCCGGCCUGGCACAGGAUGUGACCCGUUUGCUGGCGCUGGUAGGUAUGCCCAAUGCCCGGUUUGCCCUGUGCAUCAGCAUAUACGCGGAAGAGGCUGAAGUCGGCAUUAUGACGUGGCCACAUCCAGUUAUCGGUAUCGCCGCCAAAAUUGCCAAUGCUAUUGGGGGGGAAUCCUACAAAGCGCACAUCGCGGUAGGUUUCGCUGACAAUUGCCCAAUAUUGGUUGCCCCGGAAAUAGGGCUGGAUGGUCGCAUCCAUUUUGGUAAUGUACUUAUAUCCUUUCUCAAGCGCCUUGAUCCGGGUGGCAAUCACCGAGUCGCGGGUUGCUUCUGCGAGCGUAUCUGCGAGGUUGUAAAGGAUCUUGUCCGUCACAUUUUCCAUCUUACGGAUAAAGGUUACGGUAAGGCCGGCGCAUGGCAGCUCUUCAUCCAUGUUUUUGGCCCAGAAGCCAUUCGCGAAAUAGUCGUUGGUAGUACUGCUCAGCUUUUGUGCGCUGCUGUAACCGCAGUGAUGGUUGGUGAGCAGGAGGCCUUUGGAUGA